AAGAAUUUAUUGACAACAAUAUAGGUUUGAAAAAGGAAAGUUUUAUUAGAAAGAACGCUGCAGAAGAGUGCAGCCUCAGCAAGAGAGAACUGAGCAUGCCAUGGUGGAUUUUUCAUGUCCCUUUUCCAAUGUCUCAUCUUUUGCAAAUUCAAUCCAAGUUGGGUUCAUUUAGCCAGGAUCCUUCUAAGCUCAUUCAAGAAUUUUGGGCUUUAACUAUUUCCUUUGAUUUAACCUGGUACCAGGUGCCAACUUUAGAUAAUAGGGAUAUCUAAUUACUUCUAAAUUCCUCAGAUAAGGGGAGUGCUUGAUGGUCACCAAGUGAUCUGUGCUCUCCUCAAGGAAUAAGACCUAGUGUUGGAGAGUUCUGUAGGGUGACUAGUUAACCGUAAUCUGUUGUGUAUUUAAAAAUAUUAUAGAAGAGAGUAACUGGAAUGUUCCCAGUAUAAAGACAAAUGUUUAAAGGUGAUAGAUAUCUCAUUUACCCUGAUUUAAUCAUUACACAUUAUAUGAAAGUAUCAAAAUAGCACAUGUACCCAGAAAACACAUACGUCUCUUACAUACCAAUAAAUACAACUUGAGAUUAUGAUGUAAAUACAUCUGACCAACCUGGUACUUAUUAGACUUAUGUGCUCAGCAUUGCUCUAGUCCUGUGGGUGCAGCAGCAUCAGGAUCGUUAAAAAAAAACAAACAAUGCUGAGAAAAAAACUCACACCCCUGAGACAUCCGGGUGUGAAUAAACGCGGAAGAGUCGCCCGAGAUCCGGGGACCAGGCGCGGCGGGAGAGGUCCAGGGAGGCCUGGACCAGAGUCCUUUCAGACCAGGGGCGAAACGGGAAGGCGCGCCAGAAAAGGAACAACGCAAAGGGAGCAGGCGUGCACGGAGCGCGAACUAAGGAAACCCUCUGACAAUAACCCCAGACCCUCGGCAGCUCCAGAGACCGGCUCCUCACGGAAGGUGGCCGUAGAGACUGUUAAGACCCGCGGGCGCCGGGGCAGGCCGGACUGUGCCAUUCGUGGGGGGGUUCCAUGCGGGAGCGAGCCGCCUCACCCACUCCCCGGCGCCACCCCCACCUCAGUCCGAGGUAGGCUCGGCCGGACGUGACGCAGCGUGAUGCCAAGGCGGCGUGAGUCUGCGCAGUGUGGGGCUGAGGGAGGCCGGACGGCGCGCGUGCGUGCUGGCGUGCGUUCGCCUUCAUCCUGGUGUGGGCUGAGUGGUUCCCUACGGGCCGGGGCGCCGCGUCCGCGGGAAGAGGCGCGAAGUGCAGCCUUUUAAACGUAUAACAUAAAAAUGGCUUCCAAAAGAGCUCUGGUCAUCCUGGCUAAAGGAGCAGAGGAAAUGGAGACGGUCAUCCCUGUAGAUGUCAUGAGGCGAGCUGGGAUUAAGGUCACCGUUGCAGGUCUGGCUGGAAAAGACCCAGUACAGUGUAGCCGUGAUGUGGUCAUUUGUCCUGAUGCCAGUCUUGAAGAUGCAAAAAAAGAGGGACCAUAUGAUGUGGUGGUUCUACCAGGAGGUAAUCUGGGUGCACAGAAUUUAUCUGAGUCUGCUGCUGUGAAGGAGAUACUGAAGGAGCAGGAAAACCGGAAGGGCCUGAUAGCCGCCAUCUGUGCAGGUCCUACUGCUCUGUUGGCUCAUGAAAUAGGUUUUGGAAGUAAAGUUACAACACACCCUCUUGCUAAAGACAAAAUGAUGAAUGGAGGUCAUUACACCUACUCUGAGAAUCGUGUGGAAAAGGACGGCCUGAUUCUUACAAGCCGGGGGCCUGGGACCAGCUUCGAGUUUGCGCUUGCAAUUGUUGAAGCCCUGAACGGCAAGGAGGUGGCAGCUCAAGUGAAGGCUCCACUUGUUCUUAAAGACUAGAGCAGCGAACUGUGACGAUCACUUAGAGAAACAGGCCGUUAGGAAUCCAUUCUCACUGUGUUCGCUCUAAACAAAACAGUGGUAGGUUAAUGUGUUCAGAAGCCGCUGUCAUUACUGCUUUUGCAGAAGUAUAGUUGUGAAGUCACAACUACACAGAGAUUUCUCAGCCUACGGAUUGUGUCUAUACAUUUCUAAGCCUUGUUUGCAGAAUAAACAGGGCAUUUAGCAAACUA